GGAAGGAAGAUUUUGAGUUUGGCGCAGUCAGGACUCCCCAGCGGUGGGGAGAGACAGGAGGCGGGGGAGGGGUCCUCUUCACCCACCUCCACGCCCCGCCCCUGCGCCCCGGACCGCGCGCUCGAAGCUUCAGUUCACUAAGCCCGCUGAUGAGCCCUAAGGGGAAGGGGAGAAGGGUGUCCCUCCACCCUUACUACAGUCAGACACCCGCCGCCCAGUCCCUCCCGGUGCUAACUCUCCGGGCGCCCUCGCCGGCCGCGGGUGGAGCUCGAUCCGCUGCGCUCCGCGAUCCCGGGCUCCCGCCCCUUCCCUUGUCCCCCCUCCCCGGAGACCCCAGCUGCCGUGGCCACCGGCGUGCAGCCCCGCGCGGCGCAAGCAGCUGCCAAGGGGCCAAGGGAUGAGCAGGGGCCCUUCUUCUCAAUGGCAUCUCCCCCUGGUCUGGAACUGAAGACACUGAGCAAUGGUCCCCAGACGCCAAGGAGACCAGCUCCUUUGGGCCUGGUGGCCCCAUCCAGCGAUGGUGUGGAGAAUGCCUGCUUCUCCUCAGAGGAGCAUGAGACCCGUUUCCAGAACCCUGGGGAUGCCAGACUGGGCAGCUCCCCCACCCCCCCUGGGGGUGUCCCCUCAUGGCCCCAAUCCCAGAGGGAUGAUCUGUCCCUGCAUUCAGAAGAGGGGCCAGGCCUGGAGCCUGUGAGUCGCCCGGUGGAUUAUGGCUUCGUUUCUGCUCUGGUUUUCCUGGUAAGUGGGAUCCUCCUGGUGGUGACAGCAUACGCCAUCCCCCGCGAGGCCCGCGUCAACCCAGACUCAGUGACAGCGCGGGAGAUGGAACGACUGGAGAUGUACUACGCCCGCCUGGGCUCCCACUUGGACAAGUGCAUUAUCGCGGGCCUGGGGCUACUCACAGUGGGCGGCAUGCUCUUGUCUGUGCUGCUCAUGGUCUCCCUGUGCAAGGGCGAGCUCUACCGCCGGCCGACCUUCGUCCCUGGUAGGGGCUCCAGGAAAACAUACGGCUCCAUUAACCUGCGCAUGAGACAGCUCAAUGGGGACUGCGGCCAGGGCCUGGUGGAGAAUGAAGUUGUCCAGGUCUCAGAGACCAGCCACACCCUCCAGGGGUCUUAAGGAGGGGCCGGCCUGAUCCGGCUGCUGCAGCUCCAGGGCCACAAGCCCCCCAAGGCCUGGGAUUUCAGGCUGAGCUCCGCACAGGGCCCUGGGAAAGAAGUCUUCAGGGCUGGAAGUGGAGCUGGGAGCCUGGCUCAGGCUCCACUGGAGACAGCAGCCCCCUGAUCUGUUUUGUAGCUUCAGGUUUUGCAUAAGGUUUUGUUUGGAGGAUGGCUUCUGCUGCUAAAAAUACAAAUGUUUGGAAACUGCUGCCUUUGGAAGAUGAGGUUUCUUGGCACUUCUGAGGAUUGAGAGCAGUUUGAAAAGCUGCCCAUUCUGUUCCUGGUGCCUUUGGGAAUUCCGGGAUCUCUGUUGUCCUCAGCAGCCAAGUAUGGGUGUUGGGCAACUUUGGAGGGACCCCUGUCAGCCCUGACCAUCUAAGGUUGGAGAGAUCACCGGGGUGACCCUCCCCUCCUGACCUCAGUCCCCCUGACUGUAAAGUGACGGUUGGACUGGACUACCCCUUGGGCCCCUGCAGGUCUGCCCUAGAAAUGGGCACCCGGUAUGUGCCUCUGGCCACUCCUUCAGGGGAGUGGGGUGUCAGCAGGUGCUGACCAUUCUCCACUCCAUUUUCUGGCUCAGCCUUUUUCUGGCUCACCACUGUCAGACAGCCUGCAGCUCACAUGGCCCUGCCAGAGUCCCUUAAGUCCCCUGGUGAGGCCCGGUUAAAUCCAAAGUUUGCUAC